AUGGCGCCGCUCAGCCAAAAUCUCUUCGAAAUGGAUAACAACAACGACAAAAGCGAACCUUUUGACGAUGCAUGCAAAACCAAGAUCAUUCGUCACACAGCUGGUGCUUUUCACAUCUCAGGUUGGAAUCCCAUCAAUGGGACCUCUGGGAAAUCGGUCAAGGAUUGGGCCCAUUGGAAGUCCGAUCUGAAGUACAGUCCGCACAACGCCCUUGAUGACGAACCAAUCGAUCCAGACUUUGACGAAAAGUACUUUGACCACUACGGCUACUUCAACUACAUCAACAGUGCACACGAGGAAAACUCUACUACUGCUGAUGGACAGGAAGUCACAUCGUCUUCCGUCAGUGUUCUACAACGUACUCCCAAACGACCCAAAACCUCACACGAAUACCUCGCUCGUGAGACAGACGAAGCGGGCGACCUUCAGGAGCCCGAUACAGUCUUCACACAACAAGCGACAGCUUCCAACAACGUAUGGAGGCCAUACACUGCCGAAGAAGUCGCAUGGCUCGACCUCUUCCACGCCAAGCUACGCGGCGCCAUCGAAGCCGGAGCGGUAAUCAAGCUCCCAGGACGCGUACCCAUCUUGGAAACCUUUAACACAUUCUUCAAGCGCAAAGCCUUCGAAGAAAGAGAAGAUGGGGCGGCCGCCGCAGGAGCGAGUGAGUGGACGCCGCGUACCAUGGGAUCGAUGCAUCGAAAGUUGCGCUAUGAUGGUAGCAAAGUAGGCGAGGAACGAGAGAAGCUAAGUAAAUUGCUGGAGGAUAGGAAGAACGGGAGGGUGUAUGUACCGAAGUUGAGUGUGGAGGAGCUUGCGGCGUAUCAGAGGGAUGGGACUGUUGUUUUGGAUGAUUUGCGUGCGGAGGGGUUUGAGUAUUGCUUUGUGGGGACUCUACGGGGAAUUGGUAGGGAGAUUCUUAAGAGGAGGGUUGAGGAGUGA